GGAGUGACUACAAGUCCCAGAAGGCCGUGCGGCCUCAGCAGCGGGCGCUUCAGUUCCCAGGGCGACCCCUGUGGCAGAAGCGGGGCAUCUGGCGACCGUGGGGUCCUACCGUGGCCACCGCGUCCUGCACUUUGCUUUCGGCGUCCUCCUUCUCACCCUGAGGCCGCCGCCAUGAAGGAUGCACUGGUGCUGCAGAGCCGCGUCCCGGCGCACCCGGACUCCCGCUGCUGGUUCCUGGCCUGGAACCCCACAGGGACCCUGCUGGCCUCGUGCGGCGGCGACCGUAAAAUCCGCAUCUGGGGCACCGAGGGUGACAGCUGGAUUUGCAAGUCUGUCCUUUCUGAAGGCCAUCAGCGCACUGUUCGGAAAGUGGCCUGGUCCCCCUGUGGAAAUUACCUGGCCUCCGCCAGCUUUGAUGCUACUACUUGCAUUUGGAAGAAGAACCAGAAUGACUUUGAGUGUGUAACCACUCUCGAAGGUCAUGAAAACGAGGUCAAGUCAGUAGCUUGGGCCCCAUCCGGCAACCUCUUGGCUACCUGCAGCAGAGAUAAGAGUGUGUGGGUCUGGGAAGUUGACGAAGAGGAUGAGUAUGAAUGUGUCAGUGUCCUCAACUCUCAUACACAGGACGUUAAGCAUGUGGUUUGGCACCCAAGCCAGGAGCUGUUAGCUUCUGCCAGCUAUGAUGACACAGUGAAGUUGUACCAGGAAGAAGGGGACGACUGGGUCUGCUGUGCUACCCUUGAAGGUCAUGAGUCCACUGUAUGGAGCUUGGCCUUUGACCCCAGUGGCCAGCGUCUGGCAUCUUGCAGUGAUGACCGUACUGUGCGCAUUUGGCGCCAGUAUCUACCAGGCAAUGAACAAGGGGUGGCAUGCAGUGGCUCUGACCCCACCUGGAAAUGUAUCUGCACUUUGUCAGGCUUCCACACCAGGACCAUUUACGACAUUGCUUGGUGUCAGCUGACAGGGGCCCUGGCUACAGCGUGUGGGGAUGAUGCCAUCCGAGUGUUUGAGGAGGAUCCAGGCUCAGAUCCACAGCAGCCUACCUUCUCUCUGACAGCUCAUCUGCGUCAGGCCCAUUCCCAGGACGUCAACUGUGUGGCUUGGAAUCCCAAGGAGCCAGGACUCCUGGCCUCUUGUAGUGAUGAUGGGGAGGUGGCCUUCUGGGAAUAUCACCAACCUGCAGGCCUCUGAGCUAUAGCUUGACUUGGCCAAGACUUUCCUAGUCAUCAAGAGGACCUGAAGGAUCCUUGAUCUUCAUUUAGCUUUAUGCCUUCUGUUUGGAUGUGUAGAAGCCACAGGACCAUUCACUGUUUCCCUUCCUUGAUGUGAGAGAGCCAUGGGACAGAGCCAUGGAACAGAGUAUGUUGUGUUACAAAUUUUGCUUUAUUUAGGGCAUGGUGUUACAUUUUGGGGAUAAAUAGAGUAUUUAUAAUCACUAUGUAUAUAGGAGAAUGUGUUUGAAAGCUUUCUGAAAUUAUGAACUUUAUAGAAAUAAUCAUCUGUGCCCCACUUCCUAUUUUAUAAAUAAGGUCAUUUAUCAUUUAUAGUUCCUCUGUUUAAAUGGGUCCCUCCUUCCCAAUUUUAAGUCCGUGCAUUUAAGACCUGCAAGCCAGUUAUGGUGUCUUCCUAGCACUCAAGGAAAGACAGGAUGAUGAGAAGCUCAAGGUUAUCCUUGGCUAUAUAGCAAGUUUCAAACUAGUUUGGGCUAUACACGAACCUUUCUCAAAACACAGUGACGUUCAAAGUUUGUCCAGAGUAAAAGAACACCUCUGCUCUUCCUUAGAAACCCUCACACGCCUCUUGAGAUGUUAUGCUGUGGUGGCAACUGAACUAAAGAGAGAAUUGGUUUUCAGUAAAGGGCAGAAAACAUUAAGACAAUAGCUUGUGGCCCUCUAAAAAAACAUCAGCAGGCUGGGUGUGGCGGCACACACCUAUAAUCCACCACUCAGGAGGCAGAGGCCAACUUGAUCUACAAAAUGAGUUCUAGGACAGCCAAGUAGACAGAGGUCCUGUCUCAAAAAAAAAAAAAACAAGUAAAAGACUAUGGCGUAUGUGUGCUGCCAAUGUGUGUGGUGUUUUUCAGGGAAAAGAGUACUUGUCUAAUAAGCCUUCUAAAGAGUGGUAAGGGCUGUCUCCAAAGCUGGAGGCUUUACUUAAUUUUUGACAGUGUACAAUUGUGACCUUAGCUUUUUUUGAAAGACAGCAGAAACAGUAUCCAGAACAGUAGUGGCUAGAGUGAUCUGCAGAUCCCUGGGAGUCUUAGGUCCCUUGCAGGGUCAACACCUUACAUGAUCCAGGAGUGGCACCAGUUAAAUAGCCAUCAGUCUUCACUGUCUUGUUCCCUCAGUAGGAACGGAGCCAGCUUCUCUUAGACAAGAAAGAGGACUAAUUAUUAUUAAACAUUGACCCUUAAGAACACUUCUCAUACUGACAAAUGAGAAAAUUCCAUCCAGCCCCUCCACAAUGAAGUAAGGUGGUCUUAAGAAAAAGCAGUUGGACAUUGUUGCAAGCCAAGUUAGCUAUUCAUGGCAUGCCAUCUUUACCAGAACUAGGAAAUUACAGUAUUUAGGCCUGGCUAUUUAGCUGUGUUUCUGAAAAAUGAACAUAUUGAACCUUUCACUAAAUGUUCACUGCUUGGUAAAUGUUUAAAAGACAGAAUUUCUAAAAACUUGUAACAAACUUUAGUGGUAAUGAAAUUAGCAAAUGAGUAGUGAACUGUGCGGAUGGAUAUCUUGAGAUUUGUGGAAUUUCAUGGGUCGUUCUCCAAAUGACCCAUGUACUGGUGUUACACUGGUCAUUUGGAAAAUGUUAUAUUCAGACAGUGACUCUAAGAUGGGGUAGUGGGUUUAAUAGUCUAAGAUGCACGGAUGCAGCUGUAGACCCUACAUUGCCUCAAGGAAACUUUCACAUACAGUUUUGCAUAGUAGCGAUGGAGAGCCAAUUAUUUGAAAACUUUUCUCUAAAGUUGACAUGCUUCAGUUCACACAACAGAUGAGCAUCAAAGUGGCUAAAGGUCCUAACUGGUUUCUAUGUAAAGGAUGUAAAACGAUUGCAACACUGUACCAUGCUAUUCUUCCUCAAGAAUUUAUUUUUCCUAAAAUAUGUUAACGAGGUUAUUUUGAAAUGGACUGCCUUAAUUUUUAUUAUAACAAGUAUCAGUGAAUAUAACCUAGAUAAUAAAAGCUUUUGAGGCUC